CGCGAAUUUCAAGUAGAGCCGUAGCCAAGUUUAUGUGAACAUGGCCAGCCAGUACCUGCUAUGGUCCGUGCCAAAACUCAAAUGUGCGCUCUUUCAACGAAAAGCUUCGACAGCUGGAAGGAAACUUGAACUGAUCGAGAGACUUGAAUCUUAUGACAGAAAUGAUGAUUUUGUUGGGCCAUCUGUCUCCAUCCCACGUCCAGAUGAUACAUCAUGGCCAGUGUCAGGAUUUCAACAGCUGAUGCCUUCCCAUCGUCAACUGCUGCCUCCCAUUUCCAAAGAAACCAUUGAGGGUUACUUCAUCUACCGUAUGGCAGGAGCCAACCAAGCUGCACAUGAUAUCAAGGCCAUAGAGAAAGGUUAUCUGAUGUUUGAGGGGGACAGGGUGCUGGCAUGCAGUGUUCACAUACGUGCAUCUACUGAUGUAUACUUAAGUGGCAUCGUCAGUGCAUCUAUGAAAAACAAGGUCACAUACAAUUACAAGGUGAAGGUAGAGAAGACCGGGGAGCCAGUCAACUCCCACUGCGAGUGUCCUGCAGGGAAAGGACCACAUUCAACCUGUAAGCACAUCGCUGCGGUGCUGUUGAUGUUGGAGCAUUUCAUCUCAACUGGCAGUGUGCAAGUUGGAAAGAGCUGUACCGAAAACUUGCAGUUGUUCCACAAUCCCAAAAAAUCGAUCACCCGUAACAGCUGCAGAACUGCCGUCUGCCGACACAUGAGUGGCUACAAUGAUCAUGUGCGCAACAUGAUGACAAACUACUGCUCAAAGUCAUCUCAUAAUGUCGCCCUUAGAUAUGUUCACCCAAAAGCUGAUGUCCAGACAGCUGCUGAGGACCAUCACUACCUUAAACAGCCAUUUACAGAGUACAUGGUUGACAUGGCACUGAAGGUAACUGAGGAAUCUGCGAAAGAUAUUGAGGCAGCAACGCAAGACCAGUCCCGGAGCCCAGUGUGGCACACAGAAAGAAAGUGGCGCCUCACAGCCUCAAGGUUUGGUGAAGUGACCAAAAUGACCAACCGAAGAAAUAAGGAGAAGUUAUGUAAAUCAAUUGUGUCCACAAAAAUUUUAUCAUGUAAGCCUGUAAUUCAUGGAAAGCAGUAUGAAAAAGGAGCACUUUCAAAAUUUGAAUCCAUGUACAAUAUCAAAACAAAAAAGGCAGGUCUAUUUUUUUCCUGUUCUGAACCCUAUCUGGGUGCUACGCCAGAUGCCAUUAUUGAUGCUGAUAUCUUGGUUGAGACCCCCAAAAAGAUUAACUAA